AUGAUCCACCACGGCAUUCUGAAGGACGACCCUAGGGCUAGGUACACUAUCGACAAGAUCAGGGACAUCAUCAAGACCAUGGUGCUCGACAAGGUGCUCGAGGAGGUCAAGAGCACCGGCACGGGGGAGUUCAUUGACGUCAGGGCCGGCACAAUGUGCUAUCGGCUGGUGACUAGGGCUCCACAGGGAGGGAUGAUGGAGGGAAUUCCUUGUGGGGUUUGCCCCAGGAUUGAUGAGUGCUCGCCGGAGAGGGUCAUGUCGCCGAGCACCUGCGUUUACUACUACAAGUGGCUGCAGAUGGACUUCAAGGCGGUGAGCCCUCUUCUGUUGUACCUGUGCAUCAUGAUGGAGCGUUGGAGUCCAUUGGAGAAUUCAGUUUCACAUUGA